CUCCCGGGACCAGCUCCGCACGUCCGUCCCUCGGUGCAGACCGGGCCCCGGGUAUCCCACUACCCCGCCCCGCCCCGUGAGAAGGGCUUCGCCCGCCCGGAAAGCGGCCUGAGUCACGAAGGUGGCAGAACUGGGCGCAGGGGUGCGCUCGGCAGCCCCGGAACAGAGUCCUUCCUGGGGAACCCCCCAGAGAGGACGCAAACAUCGCAGAGGCCUUUUCCCCGCCCAGCCGUCCGCCGCGCCCGGGCGCGGGACUGGCAUCAGGGCGGAAGCGGUCGCUAGGCACUGCGGCGCCUCUCCCCAGGAUGCGCCACUGGAACCCUGUGCUGUCUCCGGAACCGCUACUCCGCCGGAAACCGACGGGCAGUCCAGCCGAGCGUUGACGGAGGAGACCCGGGCGACUUUUCGGAAACCUGAACGCAGACGCCUCGGACUGCAGGGCUCUUUGGUCUCCUGGCAACGCCGGAAGGCGGCGCGCGAGGGGUCAUGGGCAGCGUAGUCCUUCCCUUACUUCUGCUGCCCUGUUUAGGGCCCUAGACUACAUUUCCCAGGUCGCUUCGCGCGAACCUUCAGAUCUCGCGAGAACUUUGGCCCGGAACCCUCCGGGGGAGGAGACUCGCGCGGACCGCCGGGAGUUGUAGUUCCGGUUUGGGAGCUGUGCUCCCUGGCACCCGGGCUGAGAGACUUCAAGUCCCAAGGGGGCACAGCGCGACCGCCUGGAGGGCGGGGGGUAUGAAAGAGGAACCCGGAGGGCGCAGGGGGUCACCGCGGUGCUGGAGGCAGCGCUGGGCCUCGUCCUCUGCGCCUCAGCCCGCGCCCCCGUAGCAGCCUUGUUCAGCCAUAAUCUGAAUGCAGAAGCUCCUAGAAGGAAAUAAAAUCUGAAUUUUACGGAAAGUUUCUUCUGGCACACGCGCACUCCACCCCGCCCCGGUGUGCGUCUCCCAAAGACAGAGCAAACGUGCCUUGGAGGGUGGUCACCCCAGGACCCUCCCUGCACCACCCUGUUCUGCAAGGCCUCAUGCCCAGGGUCUACUGGGCGCCAGGAUCGUGGCACGCCUGGUGCUCAGCAGCCCCUGCCGACCGCUGAUCGCAGGCGGCCGGGGCCUGGAUGUCUCCGGCCCGCGUGCAGGAGGGCCAGACCCUGCGCCCCGGAACAUGGCGCUGCCGCGUGCCGUCCUCUUGGCGGGUCUCCUGGUGGAAGUGGCCAGCAAGGCCUCAGGAAGCGCGGACCAGCAGCCCGAGUGUUGUGUGGACGUGGUGGACACCAAUGCCACCUGCCCGGGCACAAGCCUGUGUGGCCCAGGCUGCUACGGGCGCUGGGACGAGGAUGGCACGGUCAGCUGCGUGCGGUGCAGGAACGGAACCCACAGCAGCUCUGAGUGCAGUAGCCGGGGCCCUCAGGUGGCAGCCUGCCUCUUCCUGGGGACACUUCUCAUCAGCGCGGGCCUCAUCCUCUCCGUGGCUGCGUUCUUCUACCUCAAGCGAGCCAGUAAACUGCCCGGGCUCUUCUACAGAAGGAGCAGAGCGCCCGCCCUGCAGCCUGGUGAAGCCGCCGCAAUGAUCCCCCCGCCGCAGUCCUCAGGUACGUCGGCCCCUCUCAUCCUGCCCUGUGGGGGUGCCCGGGCUCUGGUGGGAAUUUCAAAACGCCAAGCCCAGGGCCACUGCUGGGCCACCAACCAAGCCCCACGGCUUUUUCCCUUUUAUCCUGAGCUGCUGAGUCUGUGGAGAGAAGCGGGUUCCCACUGCAACCAGGGGUCACCUCUGCCGCCCUCGGCCCUUCGCCAAGUCCCGGCUCUGCCCAAGUGGGAAGCAGGUCGGCUGGCACAGGGCCCUCCCAGGGCCCCUCCUGAGCAGCUAGCACUUAAGUUUUACUGCGUGAGCGGUGCCGCAGUUGAUGCCAUGAGCACAGAGCAGUCACACAGCCUCAGUCAGAGCGUCACUCAGAGCAGGCGUCACCGGCCUCCUCCCAGGCCACUCUCACUGCCGUGCGGAGGUGCAGAGUGGGGACGGUGCGGAAGCCGCGCUACGUCAGGCGUGAGCGGCGCCCCCACAGGGACGUGGGCCCCUCUGCCGUCUCCUCGGUGGAGGCCAGGGUCAGCAAUGUCUGACCCUGAGGCCCCCCCACAACGCCGCCUGCGCCAAGGAGGGGCGCAGUGCACCAAGGCCAGGAGCUACCCGGCGAGGCCUCAGGACACAGCCGUGGCUCGGUCCUUCCAUCUGCAGCCACGGCCACUGUGGGGGAGCCACCUGCUGCAGGCGCUUCUCUGCAAACAGCUGCUCAGUGUGGCUGAGCCAGAGGAUCACUCGAGUCUCUGUCCCAAAAUGGGCUUGGGAGCCAGGUGAUGUGGGGUCCAGGCCCCUUGAGAGAGGGACAGCAAGUUCCCAGGGCCAGCACCCCACGCCUGCACCCUGGGGCCAGCAGUGGUGAGACUCCUGCCGCAGGCUGCCUGGCCUCUGCAGCCCCUCUUGGGCAGUGAGGCCGAGGCCUUUGAGUGUCCAGCCGCAUCCAGACAGAGGUGGAACAGGGCCUUGGAACUGCCCCCUCAACUGCAGGCUCAGACGCCUGCAGGGCUGUCCUCCGUGGCUACAGCUGCCCAUUUUCAGGAGCUGCAGAAGGGAGUUAUCUGGGUUCCUGUUGAGUCUUGUCUGUUUUUAAGCAGAAAUGCAUUUUGUACAAAAGUCCAA